AUGAUGAUGCUAUUAAAAAGGCCCUCCAUUCUCUUGCUCUUCGAUUUUCUCUUGGUGCUUCCAUUGGCCCAAUCUUCCACCACCAGCUUUACUGAUCAAGUAAGUCUCAUUGCCUUCGAAUCUAAAAUCACUUCCGGUCCAAACCAAACUGUCUUGGCUGGUAACUGGUCCACAACUACAAGCUUCUGCAAUUGGAUUGGGGUCUCAUGUAGCCAACGCAGGCAAAGAGUCACUGCUUUGGACCUUUCCUACAUGGGACUCCAAGGCGCCAUUUCUCCACAUAUUGGUAACCUCUCCUUCCUAGUCUCACUUGAUCUACGCAACAACAGCUUCAUUGGGUUUCUGCCUCAUGAGAUCAGUCGCCUACGUCGCUUGAGAAUACUUUGCUUGUCAUCCAACCAAUUGGAAGGUAGCAUCCCUCCAACUCUGCAUAGUUGCCUGAAGCUUUAG